ACUGACACCGACUUGUGACAAGCACGGUACACAACGUCAAGAGAAAACUUCAUCACCGCCACAACCUCAAUAAAACUCCUGUAUUUACUCAUUUCUUUUCCACAUAUAACUUCUAACCACAAGCGCUUUCGAGUGUUCCGGUGCCAUCCGGCCAUCGCAAAGCAGAGCUGUUGCGCAUACUGGCAUGUGCUAGAGAACCACCAACAACUUUGAAACGUCGCCCUCGAAAAUGGACCUUCUUCGGCGCCAUGAGGGCCAUCUCGAAGUGAAAGCCGAUCGAUACUGGGCAUUCGGAUACUCCUUCGAGACCCUUAGCAAGGAACAGCAACAUCAACGACGAGAGGUUCUAGACAGGUACGGUUUUGCUGCACAAUGGUCAGUCCUGGUCAUUUUUGCGCUUUUCCAGCUCGGCUUUGCUGUAGCUUGGGUAUUGAAGAGCGGAUUGACGUACGAUCAGCCCAAAUCGCCAUCAUUGACGAAGCGCGCGGGUGGAAAACUGGGCUGGUUGAGACGAACCAAGAGCGCUAGUGAUAACAUGCUGUGGUGGAUGCGAAAAGAUGUAAUCAAAAGUUGGAGGUGGGGAACAAGAGGAGAAUGGGUCGGUGCGACUAUCUGGACCGUAUGGCUGUUCUAUCUUUGCAUUGCAGACACAGGCAAAGAUUAUAUGCACCUCACAAAGCGGUUCGGACAAGUCGGCGCAUCGCAGCUUCCUAUUCACUAUCUACUGGCUAUGAGGGCACCUUACAGCCCAGUGCAAUAUUUGACACGACUUUCACAUGAACAGAUCAAGGCUUCGCAUCAGAUCCUGGGACGUAUUACAUUCCUUCUCUUCCUGCUCCAUGCUGUAUUGUAUCUCAACUUCUUCAUCCUGACCGGCUUCAUAGCAAAGCGUAUCAAGGACUGGGACGUUAUAUGGGGCCUUGCCAGCAUUCUUCUCUUCUCCACCAUCAGCACCACUGCCCUUGGAUUUGUGCGAAGAAGGAACUACCGCAUCUUCUACGUCUCCCAUAUUGUUAUUGCCAACUUGAUCAUUGUGCCUCUAUACCUACAUGUUGCACAUAUUCGCGUCUACGUGUACGAAGUAAUGGCGGUAAACUUUCUACAUCUCGUUUUCCGGGGCCUGCGUCUCAAGAUGUAUCGGGGAACACUCAGACUCCUCCCUGGCACCACUCUGGUCCAGAUUCGUGUUCCACUACCUACAGAUAGCAACGCGCUCAAAUGGAGGCCAGGCCAGCAUGUGUAUCUCAGCAGACCGUGGGCGGGGAACAAAGCCCCUUCGUGGUACGAUCAAUGGCUCAUGAUCAACAAGACCAAUCCCUUCACGGUCGCUUCUCUCCCGUCCAAGGACAAGGAGCUACUACUGGUUGCAAGGACACUCAACGGGAACACAAAAUAUCUAGGGGACCUGGCGCGCUACCUAGCUCAGGGUGGCAGCAACGUACCAAUGUUAUCCACUGCAGGCGGCGAUAUACCCAUUCUGCCGCUCCUUCUCGAAGGGCCAUAUGGUGCAUCGACCCGCUUACCCAACCUAUCGGAGUACGACCGAGUGCUCCUGGUAGCUGGUGGCGUUGGUGCAACAUUCAUCAUCCCCAUCUACCGGAGUAUGCUCGAGUUGGACAACACCACAUCUGCCGGCACCCGCAUUCGGUGCAUAUGGGCUGUCCGAAAUCUUGCCGAGACACAAUGGGCAACGCUUCCAGCUUCUGUCCCCAAUGACGAGCAGAGCGAUAAUGCAGGGAUCGAGGCGAAUGGCAAUGGCAUGCUACAAAGUUCCCCUAACGUCGAAGUUUAUGUCACGAGAUCUCCAGGGUCAGAUUCGCAGGUCAAUUCCAGAGCAUCUGGUGUUUUCGCCGUUGAUCCAGAUGACGAACAUGGCGAGGCGAUUGAGAUGCAGGAAAACGAACAACUCUUGAGCAUGGAGGAGCAGAUGGAGAAGCCAGGAAAAGGCAUGGUCGUUAAGAGCGGAAGGCCGAAUAUCAGCAAGGUGGUGGAUGAGGUACUGAGCAAGGGUAUGCGGACGGCAGUGAUUUGCUGUGGACCAAAACGGUUGACAGAAGACACAAAGAAGAACGUCGAGGUAUGGGUGAAGAGGGGCCAUGACGUGUUCUGGUAUGACGAGACUUUUGGCUGGUAGAGUUGGUCGAGCUCGAAGCUCGUGCGCUUCUAUUUCUAUAUUUUGAACUAUAACUAUAUCA